AUGAGUGUUGACCCACAGCUAUCAGAUACACAGCAGAUAGUCUUGAGCAUACUUCCAAUCCCGAGUGCUAUCAUUAGCAUACUGGGAAGCUCUGCUAUCAUCUAUCUCGCGAAAGAGAGAAGAAAGAUUCAAAAUUGGACACCUUACACUCGGCUUCUCGUUGCAAUGAGUUUCUGUGACAUCGUCUUCAGCCUGAACGUGGGGUUUUCUACUUUCCUUCGACCAAGAGAGACAAGCUACAGAAUAUGGGCGUUUGGGAACGACGCUACCUGCAGCUACAUUGGAUUCAUCAAUCAAGCAUCUUCAGCAGGCGCAAUCUGCUACAACGGGAUGUUAUCAUUUUACUUUUUGUUAACGGCUCGAUAUGGCAUGAAGAAUUCAAAGAUCUCUAGGUGGAUUGAGCCAUUGAUGCAUUUGGUGGCGCUUGGAUUUGCAAUCGGCACUGCCCUCGUUGGUGCUGUCGUCGACAUUUAUGGGGAGAAGGCUGGAGCAAUGUCAUGUUGGAUGAGCAGAGACAGCAAAGAAGGUACAUCUGGUGCUACGGAAACAGCAGAAAAUGAUAUGGGGUAUGAUAUCAUUGGAACUGUUUUCUUUGCCAUGCCUGUGCUGGCCGUAUUCGUCUGCCUGAUAAUCAACAACGUUGUCAUCUAUUUGUUUGUUCGGCGACAUGUUCGAAAGCAUCCAUCUCAAGAGAUCGAGGAUUCCAUAUCGAGCGAUGUGGAUGUAUCGUUUGUCGAAUCGUUUGAUCGAUUCACUCUCUCGACGGGUUCAUCGGAAGGGUCUUCAAGAGUACCAAGUUGCACGAAGAAAACAUCCAGGCGAGAAAGCAAGAACAAAGACAAUAGAUCGAAGAGGAAGAUAGCAAGCCAGUCACAACGACUGCAGCUGGUUUGCUCACAAGCGUUUCUGUUUGUGAUGGCCUUCGUGGUGUGCAAUGCUUGGAAUACUUUAAUGGGCGUUUUACCGGGCAGUGACCUGAAAGACAUAGAAUUGAUGGUAAAAUACUAUCCUCUGGCAGUGUUGCAAGCAGCUCUACUCCCGUUACAGGGCCUUUUCAAUGUGAUUAUCUUUUUGCGUCCCAAAUACUUGAAUCUAAGGCUUCGAUUCCCCAGGGAAGGGAGAUUUUGGACAGUGAGACGAAUAUUUCUUGGCGACGAACUUCGACCUACUGUUUGUGAUGGUUACAAGCUUGAUGCUCAGAGUGGUGCCAAUCGGAGGAAUGAACCCAGAUCAGAAGCAGAUGCACCGGUUGGAGACACGGGGACCUCAAGGAUGGCUCAGUUACGCCUUCCGCGAAACAUUAUAUCAUCUUUGACAGCAAGCGAGGGUGACUUUGAAGAUGUCGCUGACGGGCUUGGAGAAGACGAGAGAUGGCGCGAUGCAAAUUUGCAAGUGAGUCAGAGGGCAUCAUCCGACCUUGCUUCUGGUCUUAAUCGAUUGACGACGUUGGAAGCCAUCAGUGAACUGUCAGAAACUGUUUUUGAUUUGACUCCGUACCAGGCCAACGGAUCGCAUCUUUCUGUGAUAUCUGCGGGACUGUUAGUGCCCACGGAACCGUCAGAGAGUCGUUGGAAAGGGGCAGAAACAAUGUCGGAACCAGUGACUUCUCCCAAACCGUUGUCUGGUGUCGAAGGAAGUGCAGAUGACUUGGGUGACUCGGAAAUAAGAGCAACCUGCAUGACUGAUUCGAGGUCGGAAGGUCGCAUGGAGCACAAGUUGGAUUCAUUGGAUGUACCAAUGAAGGUACCACUAAGGCGUACAUCGGGCGAUGUAGCAAGAAGACCCCGCAGGACUGAUGAUUCGAGAAUGAAAGGUCCAAGGCGCAAACCCAAUGCACCGGAUCUGCCAAUGCAGGUACCGAGACGAACAUCUGAUUCAUUGAAGGUAUCAGAUACACCUAUUUCUGUUCCAAAGCGUACAUCGGAUUCUUCAAUUGAUUCUCCGCCAAGUUCCACGGAUGCACUGAGUUCCAAAAAGCUUCCGUUUCUACAUGUUAGAUCAAGAGGAAAGAAGGUAUCCGAUGUACCACUGUCUCUGCCACAGCGGUUUGCGAGCCUACCACCUUCCGAAGUCGAGGAAGAGUGCUGA